CUAUUUGUGUGUGAGCCUUACACGGAAUCACGUAGUGUGAAGACCUCCGCUAACGCCGCAUCGGAAAGUGUGCAUAUUGUGUUGUUUUCUUUUUUGUGUGUUGCAUUGCGUUGCGUUGCUACUGUAAGUGCAGCGGUGUGGUGUGUGCCAAAGGUGAAUCUUUUCCUCUUUAGCUGGUGCUACGGGAGAAAAAAACGCAUUCAAAAAAAGAGCCGCACCGCUUUCCGUCGUGCGAAAUUCUUCGACAGUGACGAAGUGUAAAGUGGCUGUUUUUUCAUUCGCCAUACGCGGAGGCUUUAAUCCUCGAAGCAGGCAGUGCCUAACGUGGCAAACGUGGCGUCGCAGUCAAUAGAACGCAAGGAAACAGUGCAUUUAUGUUAUCGGCACUCAGAGUGUGAUCGCCCGUUUCGAGUAGCCACGUUCGAAAAAGGUGAACAUAACAUCUUAAUCCUAGUAGUCUGUGGUUGAUUCAGUGUGUCUUGUAAAGCAGCAGGACACGCACAGAGCAAUUGUGUAUCGACCACGGUGCAUUACGUCUUUAGGUGAGCAACCCAGUGAAGUUUAGUAGAAAUUUAAAAAUAAUCGGAGAGUCUCCGCGGUGCUUAAUUCGUGCAAAAAAGUGUGCUAUUUCUCGAGUGGAAGUGCUUGUGCCUCAAUCUACGCUUCACUUUACCAGCCGAUCAGUGUGAGAAAAUACAGAUAGCGUACUACAAUUGUACUACCGUGUCUACCCCUUGUCCGCUGACAAUCCCAGUGCGUCUCCAGGAAGGUUGAGACCACACUUCACUCACCGAUCCGGUUCCGGUCUAGUAACCUGAAGCCAAGCCGAACCCGAAAAUACAGACCCAUCCUGCUACACAGGGUGCUUUUGCGGAAGAUGUAGUAAGCGUCGGGAUGGAGCAGAACAUUUUCGACGUAUCGGAUGACAUUUCGUUCCCGUGGUUGCCGGCCUAUGCCGAGGCAACGGAAGCGAGUCCACUCAACACCACCAGCAGCCGGAUGCUGGAGACGAUCGUCGAGGAAACAUCCGACGACGAUGAUGGGCGCGGCGAUAAGGACCAGGGCGGCACACAGCAACCGCUCAGCUGGUCCCAGUACGAUCACGUUUGGAGUUCCGGUGGUUCAGACGCGGAGUCGGUGAUACGCGUCGAAACUUCUUCCGAUCAAGACACAAUGUCCGAGCGCGACUUCAUCUGUCCUCCGAAGCGUCGGAAGCAGGAGCCAUCGUUCGCGGAUGAGUUUCUCGCUUCCGAUCUGUCCACCAUCUACGGCAGACGGCCGCGCAUUUGCGAACCGGAUGGGCUGGAGGCGAAUGAAUAUUUCAUGAAGCGACACAAUGAACAAAGGUUGCGAUUCGAUGAGAUUGGACAUGAUCUAUUUACCGACUCGGAUAGUCUGUCGUACGCGUCGCUAAGCCGCUCCUCGUCACUGAUCCAGUUCGAAUCGUUGGAACGGCAGCUACAGAAUGAGACAUCGGUGAACCAGCAUCCACUGUCCGGAUCAUCGCCGUCACUGUACACCGCCGAAUCGAAUAUCGCCACCACCACCAGUCCGGGCGGGUACCAUGGUGGAGACACCGUCCGGGGGAAAUCGGGGGCACCCGCCAUCAACGGAGGACCGGCCGGUAGCAAUCUGCUAACGACAUCGAACCUCAUCCAGAAGAGCAUCGCCCAGACGGCACUCAACAUCAGCGACUCGGAGCUCUACUCGACGUCCUCCAGUGUGAGUAGUACUGGCAGCUGUAGCGGUCCGGACAGCAGCAGUAACGCGAGCACGAGUACAAGCAGCAACAGCAGCAGCAGCAGUGGCUUCCGGUACACCGAUAACCGUGUGGGUGCAGUGGAAGAUCGAUUGGUGGAGGUUGAUCGUGGCAUUGGCGGUGGUACCACCACACCGGAAGACGCUGGUGACACUGAGGAGGAACUGCUCAGUGCUACCGUCCGUUGCCAUUCGAGCCGCUGCUCCGAACGACAGCGGCAAGGUGGACGUGGUAUCUCGGCCCGCAACAAGAACUCGAUCGAGAGCCUUAGUGAGGAUAGUGGAUAUUGUGAUCAUUUGCAGCAGCACGGUGGAGGAGGCAGCAUGAAUAGUGGCAGUGGGCUGCGCGCACGCUCCAAGAGCUUGACCAACUUCGGAUCGGCCGAAAACAUAACGUUCGUUUGUGGCAAUGGUGGUGGGAUGUUUCCGUCAUCACUGUUGCCGGCGCCGUUGUCGAUGACGCAGCAGCAACACGAACAGCAGCAACCGCUUAGCCUGGAUUGUAUCGCGAUGGAAGUGCGCCACGUGGCCACGUACCACGAGAACCGCCUGUCGACGGUUUGUGACGUGGAUGAGGAGGAGGAGGAGGACGAGGGCGAGGAGGAUGAGGAUUGCGACGGGCAGGAAAAGAACAGUGACGAUGGAUGCAGUGUGGAUGCCAAUUGCAUCGUCCCUUCACUAACACCGACAACAAUUGAUCGGCAGCAUGCGCCCAAACAGUCGCAACUGUGGACGAAUAUUAAUAAUGGUACAAAAAUAGAGCACGCUGGUGGUGUGGCUUCGUGUAAACAACGGACGUUGGGCGAAUCGCGUCAGCAGCAGGGUGUGGAGUCCGCCUCACGUACGGUGACAUCGAUGGCGUCGUCGUCGUCUUCGGGUUCGGAGAUUAAAAAUAGCACACCGGUCGUCGUCGGUCGUACCCGAUUGCGACCGGUGCUGUCCCUUAGUGCACCCGAUCUGCUCGUUGGAGCGGCGGUGGAUCGACAGCGGCGGCAUCGGCGACGACAAACGGAUGAUCGGACCCCGUCGACAUCAUCGGGGCCGGUCGGACUGUACGAUCCAAUCAGUUUUACCGUGUCCAGCGUGCCCGAGUGUUUGAACCUGUACGGUGGUGCACCUUCGAACCGAUCGCGACACGGUUCCUUUGACAGUGAUAGUGCGUCCAGUGAAUUCCAUCGGCAGGGUUACGGUUACGCAGGUGUCUGUGGCGAGUCCGUCGCUAGCAAGAACUUUAAUCUGUACGAUUUGCAGCAGCAGCAGCAGCAUCAGCGGCCUUACCCCGCUCCGAUAAAGUGUACCAAAACGGUAACGUUCCAAACGGGAAGCUGCACCAGUAGUCCAUCCCGCCCGAAGCAGAAUAUCCGCGCCAGUUACGCAAACCUCACCGCCCUCAACUACAGUGACGACGAGGAGGACGAUCCGGUGUACGGUGGCCGCCGGGGGCAUGAGUACUAUCUGAGCCGUAACACGUUCCGUACGAGCAGUGGCACACGGUUAGGUGGUGGAAGCCGCACAUCACACAAGACUGUCCCCCGAACGACCCUACUAACCGUGCCAAUGGACCAUCACCAGCGAGCUCCCCUGCCGGAGAAGAUGGACGUGGGCGUGGUGGUCGAGGAAGAACUGGCAGAAGAUGAGGAAAGUAGCAUUUUCCCGGUGGAUCGCGACGAGAAGAGCAUGUACCACUCGCUGCUGGAGGAGAUGUCAGCACACUUUGACCGCAAUCUGUCCAUCAUCAACGAUCAGGCAGCGGCGUACGAACCGAUCGCAGCCUUCCUGCACGAACAACGCUCCUCGUCCAAUGCUUCCGGUAGUGCGCGGGUGCAUGCCGCGCUCGGCACCAUAACACCACCACAAGCUCCGCCUCGCCGAACGCAGAUCAAAACUAAUCCACACCUUCCACAGCAAAGCACGGGAAGUCCAUCGGUUCCGCCCAAGCUGACAGUGGUGAAUCCAGUGACAACCGUUGUGACACCACCACCGACAGUAGUGGGAACAGCGCGCCAAAGAACCUUCGAUCAGGACCCGACCAAUUUGGUCACCUGCUAUGCGGCCAGCCUCGAACGUUGUACGUUCGAUCCGACCGAAUCGUCCACCACUAGCCUCGGUCCGACGAGUGAUCUGCAUACUAAUGGUGGUGUUGCGUUGCCCCGAUACGUGCCAGUUCCGGUGAAGCGUGAGUUUGUGGCAAGUACGCCAAACUUACACUACUACCACGGGACGAUUGUGGACAGUGAGGGAACGGAAGACAGUCGACCGGAUCAUCACAACUCGCUGCGGAAUGUUUCGACAUGCCGGUCGACGGGUAGCAUACUGGCGACUGCUUCCAGUUCGCGCUGUGGCCUCUCGAAAGGUGUCAGCUUCUGUCCGAUUGUGUCGGAAAUCAUAUGGAAGAGUACGGGCAGUUCCGAUCUGGAGCCGGACGAUAAUGGAAGCGUUAUAUCGAAUCAAGACUUUGAGAUCGAUAUUGACGAGGAUGAUUUCGAGCCGGACGAUAUGGAUCAUGUGAAUUUGCAGUUGGAAAACAGUCGGUCAGCAGCAAGGGGUGAUGAUCGAUGUGCAAAUCCCCUACCUGCCAACACACGGCCAGAAGACGAACGAAGCCAACGAAAUGGUGUGCCAGAACGAGAACGUACGAUUAGCGAUCGACAGUUUUACUCAAAUAGUUUGCAGGCUAAGAAUAAGAGUGAAGGUGAACUGUAUGCGAUGAUCCGAGCAGAGGACGGUUAUGUGCAGCAUCCAACGACACUGAUUGCCAACGAUCGUACCGAAUCGCUGCAGCUGCACAGUGCUAAUGGUGCUGGUCUAACGAUGACCUCGAGUGAUCUAUCAUACGCCGGUGAUUUUGCCAGUGCCGGACAAGCGAGCCGGAACAGAAUGAGUGAUACAAACGGUGCUAGUGUAGUGUUGGUGGCAGACGAGCGCAGAAAUGGAGGCUCCAACAGUAAUAAUGGUGCAAUGGCGAGCAGAAGCCUAAUUGCCAGCGAGCAGAUGCGUUUAGUGAGCAGUAGUGACAAUGUGCAGGGUAUGCAGGGAGGAAAGGGCGGUUCGGCGGCCACAUUGCCCGCCCAGUACACCACCAACAGCAGCCUGAUAAAGAACUUCAAAAAUGGGAAAGCGGAAAAGAAGGGCAAAACCUUCCUGUCGCGCAUUUCGUCCGGCUUUCGAUUUUCGUUCCGCAAUAAAUCGAAGAAGGGUGGUACGGUCGGGGCGGGUGGCGGUGGUAUGCUGAAGGAAUCGUCGAGCUUUACCGCACCGUCAGCGGUGAACAACAAUAACAACAUCAACGCAAAGGUCGGUGGUCGUGGUGGAUCGAGCUCCGGGAAUGAUAGUGCAUCGGCCGAUUUCAUCUACAUUCCGCUGAAGGAUCCUCACCGCAGACAGAACCACUCCCGGCCGGACGAAACGUCCCCGGGCGCGUACCUGCAGCGCCAGAUCAGUGCGGCCGGUGUGACGGUCGAUGACAGCUUUACCGGUGUGGAGGACGAACCGGACGACUGUGAGAUAGCGGUGACGCGGCCAGGUCCUGGUGGUUACUACCGAUCAGACUCGAGCACCGCACUGAACGGGGAGUCGGGCGGGACGGGCGUGGCUGGUGAAGUGGCACGAGGUGGCACAGGCAACCACGUGUUGAGCUCCAAGCCACCGCUACCGAAGCAACCUCCGCGCGUCGUCGGUGUGUGUGCGAAGCGGUCCAGCACCUCUCCAGCCUCGCUAAAGCACGCACAUGCGCAGCGCGCGUCCUCGACACCGCCGAGGGAAACCGAACAGGACGAGCUCGACUCGACCGCGACGUCGGCCACGAUGUCAUCGUCCUAUUACCAGCGCCGUAGCCCAUCGCAGCAUCAGUACGCGGGCAACAGUUCAUACGGCGGUUCGUACCACGGUGGUCCCGACACGCUCAGCGUCGAAGGAUACGGCGACGAGGACGAGUACUAUUACGGGGCGGGCGGGGACGGACGUCUAGCGCACCGCGGCGGCAGCAUCAUGGGUAGUGAGCAGAAGAUCGGUCUCAUCGAGACCAACCUGGACACGCACGAGACCAUCAUAUCGGGCAAAACGCGCUCGCUGAUGGAGCUCGGCGGUGGCCAACACUAUCGCGGCUAUCAUCACCUGCAGCAACAGCACCAGCAGCAGCAUCAGCAACCGUCGGCCGGUGUGCCGCACGGCCAUCAUCAACUGCAGGUGCACGAUCCGAGCGGUCAGCGGCCGUCGAAUGGCAGCAAGGAUCAUCACCAUCACCACCGGCAGCCGGGAACGGCCGAUGGUCCCGGCAGACCGCACAAGAGCAUGGAGUUCCUGUUGGACAAGGAAAACCAACGUAACGUUCUGCCCCCGGAAAAUGAGCUCCAAAAGUCACACGAAACAGGCACCAACCUAAGCGAACAUCAGCUUCGCGUGCAGGCCUCCCUGCAGCGGCUAAAUAUUCCCGACUGGUACAAGCAAUACUCCGGCAAGGAUGGUGGACCGGCGAACACAACCGCACCGGUGGCAGUGGCCGGUACUGCGGCCGGUGGCGGCGGCAUUCUGCGGAAGCGCAACAGCGACGUCGGACGGUGGACCGGGCUGAGCUCGAAGACCACUUCGCUCAGCUCGCUCGGAUCGCACCGGUCGGACCGUAGUCCAGUGAUGCUGAGCCCCUCCGCACACAGCCACCACGGUCAGACCGGCUUCUCCCGAUGGUCCACGUCCCACCUGAACUCGAACCAAACGUCGCCGAGCGUCUCGACGCGCGGUUCCUUUACCCGGGGCGGGCUGAACGCGAGCGUCAUCUCCGGCUACUCGACUGCUUCCACUACGGCCGGAACCGGUGCCAAUAGUAGUAGUAGUACGAUUCGGAACUCCUUCCGCCAGCCGUAUCUUGGCUGGAGAAGCCAGGAGAAGCUGUCCCAACCGAGAACACCAGCGGAACGACUUGCAUCAUCUCUGCUACAGCAGCAGGGCACGAACAAACAGAAGGAACAGCAACAACUGAAGGAACAGCAACAGAAGGGCAAGCAGCAGAAGGAAGAAUCCGUCGUGACGCCGGAAAUUCAAUCAUCAAUCAUAGAAGUAACGUCAGCGAUUGUACAUUAUGUAAAUGACCAAACAAAUCGACACUCACGCAGUAGAUCUACUAGUCCAAGCCAAAGAUGUUGGCUAGAAAGUUCGUUUGUUGGUACCCGGCCCCUCGAUUCCCCGCAGACGCCGUUGAUCGAGAAUAGUUCCGUUCUAGGAUCCGGCCACCACCAGCAUCAGCAGCAGCAGCAUCAGCAGCAACAGCAGCAGCAACAGCCGCAAACGGCCGGCGAUCAUUAUCGGUUUAACGCCGGCCGGAUGAAUGGCGUCGGAAUGUCCGGUGCGGUUCCGACGUUCUCGCUACCAUCCGAGCAUCAUCAGUCGCCCGGAUCGGCCACACUCGAGGAUGUGCUCGCCUCGUUGCUCGGUCUGCCGGCCGAUUCACACAGGUCCUCAGCGCCCAACAGCACCAGCAGUAACCACACGCUGCAGAUCGAACCGAUGCAGGCGCGCCGUCGCAGCGAAGGUGAUGCGGCCGGAACGCGGAAGCGCAACGACAGCGGCGGCUCGAUGGCGAUUAGCAGCACCACCACCACCACCACGACCAGCGGCAGCACCAACCAGAGCGGCCGAAGUUCGCAGCAGCACCAGCAGCAGAACCAGCAGCACCAUCAGCAGCCGGGCGGCACGACCAAGGAUCUGCUCGGGGUGGACUCACGGAUCGCCCGCCGGGUGUCGCUCGAUUCGGCCGAAGCGGCCGGCCACCAUCACCGUGGGCACGACUACCUCAAGUGCCGGUACCCGCGGUGCGACGCGACGGCCACACUGGCGGAGGCGCGCAAAACCUACAAGAGCUGCCACAACUGCUCCCAUCUGUACUGCUCGCGCGAGUGCCGCCGGGCGCACUGGGAGCGACACCGGAAGGCCUGCCUGCACUCGCGGGUGUCCGCCCUGUGCCGGCUGGUGCUGUCCACGUGCAAGGACGACGCGGACACGCUCCGGCAUCUGAGUGCGCUCGCGCGCCGGGGCUACUUGUCGCAGGGGCGAGGUGUUGUUAGAAUACUGUUCCGCAGCCCGGAAAGCGCCGACUCCUUCAUCAAGCAGGGCUUCCAGUGCCUGGGCGAGGUGUCGUACGUGCGCUGGCCGGAUCUGCUGCCGGCCGAGAUGGGCCCCGAGCUGUACUCGGAGCUGCUCAAGCUCAGCACCGAGUACAAGCCCGACUCGAAGAUGCUCAUAUACGUCGCGAUCUGUGUGGUGUCGGAAGCGCCGGGUAGUGCGACCGCACCCGUCAAAUGGGAACGACAGCUGGUGUCGAGAUGCGCCAAGCUGAAGCUUUGUCGCUCGGUCGUCAACGAGAUAGUGGCGAGUGGUCCGGGAGCAGAAAAGACCGGUGCUCGUGCGGACACGGUCGGCGAUGUGCUCGUACUGUCCUUUAACAUUCUUUCGAAAACGACACAAAGAUCGCGCGAGCAGGUAUCGCUUAACAUACAGACGAUUCUGCGCCAACGGGGUGUCAAUCUGCGCAAACACUUCCCGGAGGUCUUCCAGCGGUUAACCACUUUUGUGGAGGGCAGCACGGAUCGCUUCCUUCCGGUGACACUGCAUCCGCGCGAUAAUGUUACCGGCAGAUCGUUUGUCUGCAUUAUCAUGCCAAACUAUGGGGACUCGGAUCGUGUACAGUUUCCGGUGUCGGAAAACAGUGACGAUCGAGUCGUGACGGUUGACGUUGGGGCUGAUCUGGGCGAUGAUCUUACUAGCAAACUUUAAAGCUAUCGGAUCCGGCCGGGGGGUUUGACGGGGUUGGAGAAAGAAUGGUAUAUAGGAGCAAGCUUUAUUUGCCAGAUCAGAUAUAGGAUCCAAAUGAGCAGGGUAGAUAUUCAAUUUUAGUACACGUUUUAGUACUAGGUUAAAAUAGCCCUUUAGUACAUUGUUUCGUGUGAGGCAGCUCGCCACACAUUCCAUACAUAUCCUUAGUGAAUUCAGCACAGCGAGCUUCACACCCUAGACAGACAGACAGAUGGUUGAAAGAUCUUCGGGUCUCGGACGAGGCAUUCUUAGGUAGCUGUCCAGCCAUGAGUACACACAUAUUCGUAUCAGUUGCUGAAUAGUGUUGAUACUUGUAGGCCUCACCAAUACAGGAGGGGCAAAUUAAGCGUGGACUUUAAGCAAUCCUCCUCUCCCUUUAUAAUGUGGUGUGCUCGUUUGUGGAAGCAAUAGACAUUAGGUUUACAACGAACACUUCCAAGCAGAACGGUUAGUGCGUAUACUUAUGUUCCCAUACGUUUGACGCGUCACCUGUCUAGAGGCUGAUGGCGUUCAGUAACAAGCAGAAGAUGAUAGUAAACCAGUUAAAUCCCGUGACAAACCAACAAGAGAUGAACCCAAGUAGCUAGUAGUAGCAUCGAAUGAAAUGAAUAGUAGAAGUUAAUAGAUCCCCGAGGAGAAAGAUCGUUAGUAAACGCCAAACAAAAAACCACACACGAUUUUUAUACCCGUAGCAGAGUAGGAUAUUACAUGAAUUCUGUAGCUUAGCUUAAAACGUGCCCCUGGAUUUGGGCGAUUUGCAUUCAUCUUCCAGCCCGGGGGUACACCAUCUAUUGUACUAAAACUUUAAAACAAACUAAAGCUAAACAUUUUAAAACCAAUCUCUUAUCUUCUCUCCGGCUGCUUAGUGCGAUUGCAUGCUGAGUGCCCGAUGCACGAGAACGCUUUACGUUACUCUACGGUCUUGCCUUUCUCUAAUCUGCCUCCAAACAGCCCUGUGGAGAUGUUUUUUUGGGUUUAAUCCUUCUAUAAAAUAUUGCCAAUUUGCGAGCAGUUGGGCUGCGCUAGUUGCGAACUAAUACGAUGCGAACGGACAGGAGGAUAAAGAUAUAAAAAAAUUACUAAAUACGAACAACAGCAAGGGCUUUCGCCAAUGCAGAGACAGGGCAUUACAUUUUCACAAUCUUCUGGGUGUGUUCUAGUGUAUAACAAUGGACGCAAAACUUGUGGGGGAAAACUGUUAAAGCAUAGAAUGAGACGCUAGAAAAAUAUUUUAUUUGAUGAAUUUUUAAGAACAUUUGGAUGUUUCUAUUUCAUUACAGUUUGUAGCGAUUUGUUAAAGCAAAAGGGAGAAGCAAAAGUUAUUGCUUCUGUGUGAGGUGAUUGUAAGUACCUUCUUCUUCGGGAACAUUUUAGUGUACUAUAUUUUUGCAUAGAAAUAACUUUAACACGUGCUUUCUAUCGUCUAUCCGUGAUGUAAAUAGGAAAAUGAUCUACUUUUUCCGUGUUUCCUUUUUUGAAUCUAUUUGAUCGGAAGAAAUUUAAUUUUGCGCCUAAAUGUAUGCAACACAGAUGAUAUUCUUUAACACAGCAAUUGCAUACCUUCGGGCGCUAAUAAUCUAAAACACACCCGUGAGGAGUGUUGUCUUGGGGAAUAAUUCUUUAUAACAGAGGAAGUUUUAAGGCGUUACAAAAACAUAUUUACAAUCUAUUAUGGCUUUGAAAAGAGGAUAUUUUAUUUCAUAAAGGCAUAUUAAGACAACCUUCUUGAUAAACAUACACAUCUAAACCAAGGCACGUUUAGUUAUUGGUUUUCUACUCCCGCUAAGCACAGGAAUCGUUCUGAUUGAACCGAAGGAGCUUGUUCGUGGCUCAUCACGAUAGGUUGCCUAUGGUGCAUGACGCUGCAGCACUGGUGCGAUCGAGCUUACAGGAACACAUGCAUGCGCAGAUGUAAAACGUUACAUGCCAACAUUCCAUUUUCCCAUCCCCAUUUGCACAACCUUCCCUCUGUGUUCAAUGUUUUUACAUUAGUUUCCUGAUCCACCGUCCACUCCCAUGCGCGAAACACAUGUAUGCUAUUCCAACAACACAUCCCUCACUGGCGGCUUAAGUGAGUGACCCUGAACCCCACCGUUUUUCCCUAACCGCUCUUCAGAAGUUUAGUUUUGGGGUACUACACACGCAUAUGCAGCGAUGCACCAUGUGGAAGCUUUUAGAUCAGGAGACACAAAAUUAGCAAAAUACUAAGAUUCGCAUUGAAAAGGUGUCCUGAAUCGCAGAAUGUGUGUCGUGUUUUGGAAAAGCUGGGGGAAAGCUCAAAUUAAACCUUUUUUUUUACGGCGACAUUACCGCACCGAGUCACGGCAUGGCUCUCGCGGUGCGGAACAUCUCCAGUUCACUCCCAGCUUCACACUGAGGAUGCGGGCGCCAAACCAACCCACCACGGUGGGCGGCAUUCUCGUCGCGCAGCCCAAGUAUGGAUGGGAGCAGUGGCCAGUAGCGUGAUGCGCCGAACCACGCCGCACCAGCCUUCUACGCCUUCUCAACACCACUGCUUCCGCAAGACGGAUGAGCCAAGAGCAAUCGAUGUACACUGUAACCGUGUUUGAUGUUUGUGCAUUUGCGUGAAAGUAAACUUGCGUUUGCGGUUGAAGCGGGUCCGGAUGUUUUGAACAUUAGGCGAAGCGAGUUCUAAAGUAACGCGAUAAAGCGCAUUGUUCCUUACGAAAGUAUUUAACGACAGAAAAAGGGGAAAGAAUUCGAUAAGAGUAAAGUUUGCGAUAAACUGAUAUUCCGAACAGAUGAACACAUAUUCAUAUUCAUAAACUUCAGAUAUUCUUCCACUAUACAACAGCAGCGAAUGAGCAACGUUUAGUUCAUUGCAACAAAAUUAAGGAAAUCAAAACACGCAAGCCGGACAAUAAAAGUGGAAAAAGACACAAAUUUGCGAAUUUCAAAGAGAAUACUGUAUCAAAAUUAAAAAACUAUUCUUUUAUCUUGAACAAACUAGCUUUUAACUUCUUUACUUUAAAUAUGUUCAACCAAACAAAAACGCAUACAAAGAAAUGGCUUCCUAUUCUCAUCUACUCUGCAUCGAACUGUAGAAAACCGAACCUCGUGUGAAUGAAUGAAUGAACACAAAAACCGAACCUCGUGUGACAUUUCACUAAACAUAAAUGCUAUAAGUAACAAAACUACCAACAAAUCUCGCUUUGCUUCCGUUUUACAUUCAAUCAAAACCACAUGUUGACUAUAAGAACCAUUACACAAUCUUAAGCUUACGACAGCCCGGUACAGGAACAGCUAGACCGCCGUAACUCGCUUACUACUCUACACACACACACACUCACCGAUGGCCGAGGAGCAAAAGAUUUAAUUUAUAAUUAUUGUGAUACUUGCUUUCUUGCCCAAAUUUCUACCAAAUAAUCGCUUUACAGCAAGUGUGGUCCCUACGACGUCCAGUGGUUUAAGAUUGUUUCCUUUCCUACCCAUACCUUUAACAUGCCAACGUAAAUAAGCUGAGGGUGAAUAGUGAGUAAAUGAAUCAGAAUUUAACUUAAAGCGUGUGUAAGCAGACGAAUGAUUAUCCAAAAAAAAAAAAACGGCAAGCGAUACAUAAGCGGGAGAAAAGUGUUGGCCAAAGCAUUUCGUUCAUCUUUACCACAUUUUCCCCAUGUUUUUGAUCUCGUUUUACUAACAAGAAGAAGUUAAAAAACACCCUACCAAAAUAAUAAGCAAAUAAAAAUGACGAACGGUGAGGUACUUAACGCAAACCAAGCAAAUAGUUUGAAACAAAGAUUGAUAACAAGAGAGCUCUAAAGUAGUAAGGUUCAGCCGUUGCGACACAGAUCGAUGUUUGUGAGGAUAUGGAGAGACAACAAGGAUAAGGCAGCAGUGAACAAAGCCCACGAACCGGACAGCAACAAAACAACAUGAAAUAGUGCAUACAUGUAUUUAGAUAUAUUGUAUUUUACUAUUACCUAAUGGAUAAGGAAACGAAACAAAAUAUAAUACUUGUUGAAAGCCCUGUAA